UUUUCAAGUUCUGAUGAGGAAGUGUCACUCUCAGAUGAGGAAUAUGUCCCAGACUCAGACAGUGAAUCGUGCAGUUCAGUGGAGUUAGCAGCAGGAUAUGUAAACAAUGUCCAAAACAAAUGUUCCUCAAAUGAACAGAACGUGAAAGUUGCCACCUCAGAGUGCACCAAAUCUCAGAAAACAAAGUUGAACCAGGAAGGUGUAAGCAAAGGUUCACAGUAUUUGAAGGCCAGGAAAGUGUCUUGUUUAAAUGAGGAUGAUUUAUUUUGUUGUCUGGAGGAGUUGACAAGUGGAGAAUCAGACAAUGAGUCAGACAGUUCUGCAGAAGGGACAGAUUUACUUUCAAGCACCAGUCAAGUUAAACGCCUUUCAGAGAUCAAAAGAUCAUCAAAAGUUGACGCUUUAAUUAAUAGAUCAGAUCGUGUUUCUUUGCCCAGAAAAGACCAUAAAACACCUACAAGUGAACAGCAGUUGGAAAUAAUAGGUGGUACUAGUGCACUUGAUUUGCCUGGAGAUUAUAAGGAUGUAUCAGUGGCAGGAGCAAAAGGUAACAUGGCUGGAGCUGAGAAAUGUCUUCAAUCAUCAGACAUUUCUUGUUCUGAAAAUAAGAAUUACUGUUACAUUUGUGGGAAACCACAGUCAAAAAUAUCUCGUCAUUUAAAAACCCAUUUGACUGAAGUUGAAGUUGCAGAAGCACUGUCAUUUCCAAAACGCUCAAAAGAACGCAAAAGACUACUAGAAAAAAUUCGGAACAAGGGGAACUAUCGGCAUAAUUCCAAUGUAUUAGAGAAAGGAAAUGGGUUGCUUAAAGUAAAACGAAGGCCAAACAAAGAUUGUGAUUCAAAACAGUUUGUGCAUUGUAUGUACUGCAAAGCAAUGUUUGGGCGUAAAGAACUAUGGCGACAUGUGAGAAGAUGUUCCUCAAAGCCAGGUUCAGUAAGUGAACAUCAGGGACGGACCAGAGUGUUGGGUUUGGCUGCCAUGGCAGAGUCUACAUCUUUGCAGCAGAUAUCUGGAGGAGUUUGGAAGCUCUUGAGUGCAAUGAAGCAAGAUGACAUAUCUUCUGUUGUACGCAAUGACUUCUGCAUUCUUCAGCUAGCGCAGUCAUUCUUCAACAAACAUGGAAAUGACCCUACCAAGUUUGAAUAUAUUCGUCAGAAGCUUCGAGAAAUUGGGAGGUUUUUGAUAACAUUGCGCAGUGAGUCCUCUAUAUACAGCCUUGAGGAAGCUAUAAAACCAGCUAAUUUCCAGCAUGUUAUUGAAGCUGUGAAGAAAGUGUCAGGUCAUGACGAAGAAAAAAACUACUACCAAAGGCCAAGCCUAGCAUUGAAAUUGGGCCACACAUUGCAAAAGGUCUGCGAGCUCAUCCACUGCAGAGGUCUAAUGGCAGAAGAUGAAGAGUUAAUUAAGUCAACUGAGACAUUCAGAAAGCUAUAUACCACCAAGUGGUCUGAGCUAAUAUCACACAGGGCUUUAAGCACAAUGAAUGAAGCAAAAUUCAAUAAACCGUCAACACUGCCUUUCACUCAUGAUGUUCAGCUCCUUCAUAAACACCUGGAAACUACUGCCAAUGCAGCAUCUGAAAACCUGAAAAAAACAUCAUCAUCACAAAGUUAUGCAGAACUUGCAAAAGCUACCCUUGCAAGGGUAAUUAUUUUCAAUCGUAGGCGUGCCGGUGAAGUAUCUAAAAUGCAGCUCAAAAGCUUCCAGGAAAGAGAGAACACACUACUUCACGCAGAUGUUGCAGUAGGUCUUUCCAAAUUUGAGCAGAAACUCUGUAGUCAUUUUAGUAGAGUUGAAAUCAGAGGUAAAAGAGGUCGAAAGGUUGCUGUCCUCCUCACACCAGAUAUGGUAGAUGCCCUAACACUUCUGGUGAAUAAAAGAACAGAGUGUGCGGUUCAGGAUAACUGCUUCUUGUUUGCUAGACCCAAAUGCCAGAGUCAUUACAGAGGUCAAGAUUGCUUGCGGCUCUAUGCAACUCAGUGUGGUGCUCAAAAUCCACAACAUCUCAGGUCAACACAUUUGCGCAAACACGUGGCCACUCUAUCACAAAUUCUUAAUUUGAAAAACAAUGAAUUAGAUCAAGUUGCUGACUUCUUGGGGCACGAUAUUCGUGUACACCGUGAGUAUUACAGGCUUCCAGAAGCGACAACUCAGCUGGCAAAAAUAUCCAAACUUCUGCUUGCUAUGGAAAAAGGGUGUCUCCCUAACUUUCAAGGCAAAUCACUCGAUGAAAUUGAAAUUGAAGAUGAGAUCAACUUAACUGAUGGCAGUGAUGGAACUGAACCUGACAGUGAUACAGAGGAUGCUACCUUGGGCACACCAAGACUGAAUGAAAGUCAAAGCAUUCAGCCAGCUACAGAAGAUAAUGCUGGAGGCUCAACAGAUUCCAUCAGUGGUAACUUUCAGUAUAAUUCCGAUUUUUUUAUGGAAAGAAGCUUGAUUACCGAGACAAUAAGUUUGUCCACUGCUAAGUGGUAUAUUUGGCUGGCGUUGUGGCACAUCUUACACGUUGCCAUAGAUUCUGAUGCUUUUGGGACUUGUGGCAACAUGAAUGGUGUUCCCCAAAGCCAUUUGUAGUAAAGGAGUGAGGAAGGGUCUGGGUUUUUGGUUUGCCUGCCAGAAUCUCACAGGAGAUGUCUCAAGGGGUUCGUAUAGCUAGAGAAGACAAUGCAACAGUUGUGACGUGUAGGAUGGAGACUGGCAGUGGUGAACUCUUGUCUGUAAGAUUCUCAUCCUUCCUCCAAGGUUUAUAGCUGGUAUCAGCAUCUAUAUAUUAAAGACCAAUUUAACUAUGCCCAAGUUCUUGUUCAGGCAUGCCCUACUAGGAAGUGAAUCUAUGUUGGGAUUUUUUGGCAGGUGAUCAGUGGCAAGAAAACCUUGUAGUCUGUACAAUCAUCAUAAGAGUAAAGCAACACAACUGAGUCAGGACUUUUGUCACAGGUCUCUAGGGAGGUCAUUUUUCUCAGUGAGUUUUAGUGGUGGGGGACCUUUGCUGAAAAAGAGCCAUAUGGAGAGCUACUCUGGAUCAAUCUGGAUUUCCCUCUGUCUCCCAUCAAGUAACAUUCAUGUAGUGACAUUCAUGCUGUUUCUCUUAUUUGCAAUAUUCUAUGUGUUGAAUUCUUGCCUUAUUUAGCCAGUUAAUAUGUGUAAUUAAUUUGGGUAUGACCUGGGUAUGAAUCCAUCUUUAAACCAUUGUGAAGCUCAGCUUUCUAAACCUUGGAUAACAUAACUUUUAAAUGUCUGUGUGCUAAUUAAAUGGAAUAAUGUUAAGUUUAACAUUACUACAGAUUAUAGCACAGGAAUUCUGGUGUCAUUCUUCAUAAAUGACUAUUUUUAUAUCCUUUGUAAUUAAUACACAAAUUUAGCUUUUCGAUACAGGUUGUAUGCAUUCUUUACUGAAAGAACUGCCCUACACAUGCAACUGUAGUAAAUUAUAUCCCAGCUCAACAUUAUCAUUCUCAGCAAUCUCAUGUAUAACUACUUCAGUUAUUUGUAUGUGUUUGCAUCUAAAUAAUACUGACUGAUUUGUUUUUUUUCUGUGA